UCAAUACCACUUCCGUCUCCCUCGAUAUCGUCCAAUCUCGUUUUCAGAAUGGCUCCGAGGGGUGGUGUAUUAGACUCGUCGCCGAUACCAAUCCCGCCAGCGCCGGAGGCGCGCCCGAAUCCCCUGAAACGGUCGGCGUCGACUGCGUCGCUGCCGACACCACCCAGGACUGUUCACAAGAGGAGGGGGCGCGGCCAUGCACCUGUCACUCGUCGCAGGAGACCGGCGGGACAUUCAACCGCAGAAGAGACCGAUGACGAGCGCAGAGACGAGUUGUCGCACCGGCGACAGAAACGACGGAAACUAGAGACCAUCGAGGAGACGAAGGAGACCGUCGAAGAAGACGAAGAUGCAUUCUGGAUGGGUCCGUCGUCGAGCAAGGCAGAGGUUCGGAAAGAAAAGGUCGUAGUUGAGAAGAGGACGCGCUUGGUCGUGGUGGCCAGCCCCAGUACGAGCAGCAAACCGCGUACACGCUCAGAGUCACCCUCGAAGCACGUCGUCCUCGACCGCAUCAAGGCGCCUGUAUCACCCCCUCCCUCGCGGCGCCAGCCCGCUCUCCCGGUGACGCCACCGCGUACGACGCGCUCGGCCACGCGCCAGGCCCUGCUCGAAGCAUCUGGCGGAGUCGCACGAGACUCUCCGGAGAACCCGUUCUUGGACACUCCCGAGUCGCUUGUGGGUGCGAGUCCGGGACCGCGCACGCCGUCGCCCACUGGCGAUCUCGACGAGAAGCCUACCAUCACCUACGUCUUCCGUGGCAAGAAAGCCGAGUUCGUGAAUCCGCAUUACAACCAGUCUCCGACUGCCCGCCUGCGUUCCCGGCUCCCGCCUGAGCACCCCGACUUUGAGCCGGACGAAGCCUGCCCGCCCAAGUUGCUCUUCCCUGCUGCGCGCCGUCGGCGCAAGGCCAAGGAGCCAGAACCGGCGGCCAAGCGCCCGCGCAAGAAGCCCGCCGUCAAGUCGGAGUGGGAUACAACCGACGAAGAGGACGGGGAGGAGGAAGAGAAGGGGCCCACCACGCCCAAGAAGAAGAGGGCGAGGACGGGCACUGGGACGCCGGACCCGAGUCGCCUUGAUCAGGGCAUCUCGGUAGCUAUGGGGGACGUUGACGAGCCUCUGCGGCGGGCGCUGGGUCCUUCCCGGGGAAGGCGUUGACGUCCUUUGCCCCGCUCGUUGCGGCAUGAUUUCCCUGCGGUGACUUAUCGGUUAUUGGUAUGACGCUCUCCUCCACCAGCCUCUCCUUUGCUUUUGAAUAAUGCCUGCCAUCCCAUAUCGGUCGAUGUGUCGUUUCUCGUUUCAUGUUUCCCUGUGCUUUUUUGCGAUACCUGCUAUUUCCGCCCCUCGCUGCGACACCCUAUCCACACACAUCCAUCCACAUCACUAUUUCCUAUUGUCACUGUCAGUCGAACCGAAUUGCCGAUGCACUCCAUGUCAUCUCACGUAUCUACUCUAUCUCAGUCCUCGCGUAGUAGUCAAGAAUAGUUUCACAGAGCUUGUAGAGAAGAUCGCAAUAUACAACGUAUGUGCUUCAG